GGGAGGAGAGAGAGAAGCAGAGGAUCAGUUAGUGCCGCGGAGCACGGGAGUCAGCAACACAGACAGAGAGAGAGAAAGAGAGUGACAUUAGGGGGGAAAAAAGAGCUGGACUAAGACAGACGACUAACUGGAGGCGUGUGGGAGAGAAAGGAGGAGAGAAAAGAGGUGUGUGGAUGGGAGGAAGAGCUGAGAAAGAAGUGGAGAGUGAAAAAGAGAUGGACGGAAGAACUGCUAUACCCUUCUUCUCUCAUCCAAUGAAGAACUGAAUCACAUGCUCAUUAAUGACCCAGAGGUACGAGGACCAAUCGCCAGACUGAGUGGUGACGUCAUACCAGUGACAGAGGCAGAAUUGGGACCACCAUGGAUUCUAUGGCAAAAAAGCAUCAGUACUCUCACACACUGUAACUCAUACUCUCUCUCUCUCUCUCUCUCCCUCUCUCUCGCUCUUUCUCUCUCUCUCUCUCUCUCUUUCUCUCUCUCUCUCUCUCUCUCUCUUUCUCUCUCUCUCUCUCUCUCUCUCUCUCUCUCUCUCUCUCUCAAAAACACUCUUCACACUUGGAUAAAACAGAGACCGGUAACUCAUCUCUCCACUCAGAUAUAAGACUGCCUCCCCCAGCUGUGAUGUCACAGAGUGGCUCCUUCUCUUCCAGCUCCUCUGGGGGCUGAGCCGGGGCUAUGGGUAGAAGGGUGGCUGAUCCGACCAAUCCAGUGCCUGCACUCGGGGUGCCCCUGGCGGGGGGGCGAUGGGGUCCGCUGUGCAGCGUGGGGGUGCAGACCUCCCCUGGCCUUAGGACCCUCCCGUCAAUCAAACUCAACCAGCCAACCAGUACGCAGCACCCAGAGACAAGGAGUAACAACCAUGUCACCACGGUAUUGACCAUGUGUAACUCGUGCAGCAGUGGCAGCAGCGGUGGAUUUGCCGUUUCCAAGGAGAGGAGUCAGAAUGCGAUCAACAGUCUGACACAGGACGACAUGGGGUCACAGGGGUCAGGGGGCGGGGUCUACUGUCAGAUCAAAACCAUAAGGACCAAUCCCAGGGAGUCUGGUCACAGGUCCAGCGGGAAACGGACGUCUCGAUACACCAAUGGGAGUGUGGUUGCCCCUGAGGUGGUGGGUGGGGUAUGUACUGAGGGUGCCGAGGGGAACGAGCCAAUCAGAGAGAGGAGGAGGGUCCAGUCUCUGAGAGGGGAGGAGUCUCGCCCUGUGCUGAGGUCAGGGAGUGUGUCUCAUUCUGUGAGCUCUCACGCCACGCCUCCAAGGCCCUGUAGAAUGAUGACAUCAUCGCCCCGUCUCUGUGGAACCUGCGGGCGGAGACAGUCCCAGGCCCCACCCACUUGCAUGGCAACUGCAUGCCGCAGGCGAGCGGCCAGCAAGAUCACAGAAAGCCAGACCCUCCCGAAUCCUCCCAGGAAACAGUCCAUACUCCUCAACCAGAACCGGAAAGACUCCCCUGUACUGAACACACACACACCACCAACCACACACAAAGCUAUGAAGAACACUCAAACACAAACUCAGACAUUGCCCUCUCCACACACAACCCAAAAGACACACACGCUCACGAAAGAUUCACCUGUGCCCACAUGCUCCAACACUAAGGAUACACAGCACACACAUACAGACCCAGAACCCAGUUUACCCAGGUUACAUCAGAAAGAAACACACACACAGACAGCAGACACACACUCACACACCACAGAGAAACACACAUCUAGGCCAAAUAAAUCCACAAGAAAUACUCCAGCUACACAGCCUUUACCGGACAAAAACACGUCAUCUGACAACCAACACACACCACCAAACUCAUCUACACAAGUCACCCCCAAGCCACCACCCCCAGUCCUCCUCAUAGGCAAAAAAUCCUCGGCCUCUGCCCCUCUCCCACCUAAAACCUCCCCCAACCCCUACCACACUGUCCAGGUGAACCCAAAACCAGCACCGCCUGUCCUUCAGACCCAACCCAAACAUACACCCCUCACCCCACCCCUGCUCUCCAAAAUACCACCAGCACAACCAAUCAAAAAAGAAGACUCCAAAUCCCCUGGCCAAUCAAAAGAUGCAAAUGCUCUGCAUGCUGCCCAUGUGGCCCCACAGUGCAAUGGGGCACCAGGAGGUAUGGCGGGGAUACCAGGUGGGGUACAGGGGUGUGUGUCGGGGGGCCUCCACGGGCGUCUUCACAGCGUGGAAGAGAGUCUGCUCUCCAACCAGGAGAAGAUCAAAGUCCUCCUCAAUGUUAUCCAAGACCUGGAGAAAAGCAAGGCCCUCAGCGAAGGGCGCUGCUCUUACAGAACUGGACAGGAUAUCAACAACUGCCCCACCUGUCAGAAGACUGCCUGCAUCAUAUACAGUGUGGAGCAUGACUUCAGACAGCAAGAGGGGAGGUUCCAGCCAGUGAUGGAAACUCUAGAUGGGGUUUACGAUGUCCCCCUCCCCGUCCCCAAACCUCCCACCUCCCACCCCAGCGCCAAGGCCCGUGUCAAGAAGCUACGCAAGAAGUGUUUCUGGUGGCUAUAGAUACACAUCCGUCGCCGGGGGUACAGUCGCCAUGGAAAUGUUGCGGGCUGCUGUUACCAAGGGGAUUGGACAGGUGUGUGUUGAUGGACAAUGGCGACUGUUCCUGUGUCUUUGAUGUUGCUAUAGGAACUAUUAUGGUAGCUGAGCUACAGAGAUGCUACACCUUAGAAACAGUUGGAGUGUGGAUAACAUGGAGAGCAAUAAGUUACCAUGGACAACUCUAUGAGGUGUGGACCAACUGAUAGAGUUCAAGUCUUGGGAUCACUGGUUACUGGAUUUUGAAGAGAUACUAAACUGAGUGACUUUGUCCCUGACCAACAGAGUUACUGUGCUACUGUGCUAGGUUAGUCACAUAAGGGACACGGUUUAAGAGUGUCUAGUGGUGACUCAGUUAGGUCAAAGGUCCCAGUGCUUGAACAUAGAUGAGCACCUAUUCACAUUCCACGACCUACAGAGUGACCAGUCCAUCUACAAUCCCUUCAGAGAGUGACAGGCCAUGUAACCAAUCAACACACGCUUCCACCAGGAUUCUCCCGCAAUACGCAAAACAAAAAAGUUACUGAGUCAUACUCAACACAAACAAUAUACACACACAGUAUAGCACUAAACACACACAAGCACACGCACACGCAGACGCACACACACUACAAUUAUAUCCACUCUACACUAUGAGCUUUCAUUUUUCCACAGCGCUAUUGGCUAAAACACCAGCUCAACCAAUAAUAAUCUCAACCUUUCCUUCCAAGACCACACCCUAUUUACUGUUUAACCAAUAAUCAGCCCCGGUCCCUAACCUGCCACAUCAGUGCUUUUUAAUAGAUCGCUCUUCCCAUCCCCAUGUGUGAUCUCCCACAAUGCUUUUCUCUUCCUUUUCCUCUCGCUGUGUUGUUUACAAUAGUUAUAUUGGGAUCCAAUAAAAGUGUGUAUUUUAAACAGGACAGAUCAUUUCCUGCUUGAACAGGGGUUCCCUAUUCCCAUGACGACACACCUAAAGCACUAUUGACCACCACCAUUCAGGAUGAAGCUGUGGCACUAUGGAGGAAUGGUAAAAGUGGAUGGAGGGCUAUAAGAGGGCUACAACAUGCUAUUUCAAAGGGUAGAAUAAAGGUCACUAAACUGUAAGAAAGUCUACAGACGGAAACAAUCAGUAGUUUCCCAAAUACUUCCUGUGUUUUAGACCCACCUAUAGCUUUUUUUU